CCCACAACACAGCCAUAAGCACGUGGACACCAGAGGUGUGGGCAGUUGUUUUGCAGAGCUGCAGAACGGCGCAAUAAGCCUUUUUCUGAACCAAUUGAUGUUAAUAUUGCAACCAAACGUGUGGCAGGCGUUGAGCUCCUGCGUCAGACUUUACGCACCAUGCGCCUUGUGUGACUGCAAGCUGAUUUCGCAUCUCUUUGCGCGCAGAUAUGUAUACGGAGCCUGAAUGAAGAGAUCGCACACCACUCACUUUGGAUUCAUACUGUCACGCUGAGUCGGACGGUACAUCCCGUUCUGCACACCACAAGAGAUUAAAGAAAGUAAGCACAACUUUCUUUCCCUUCUGCGGCCUGAUCCCCCUUCAGUCCGUCACCUCAGAUUUCCCUUUUUGCCUCUGUCGCCUUCAGCCUGAAGGAGCUCCGGUGUUAGAGCCAUGCCAAAGAACACCAAGGUGACGCAGCGGGAGCACAGCAAUGAGCCGGUCACUGAGUCGGUGGCUGACCUGCUGUCCCUGGAGCACCCUAUGGACUAUAAGAGCAGUCAGAUGAGUAUGGGUCUGAGUCCUGGCUCCACCGCUCCAGUGAAGGCCCUGAUCCCCUCCCCUGACCCAGACGCCGAGGACGGCCGACCUGCCUGGAACAACAAGCUGGAGUACAUCCUGGCCCAGGUGGGCUUCUCUGUGGGCCUGGGUAACGUCUGGAGGUUCCCCUACCUGUGCCAGAAGAACGGGGGAGGUGCAUACCUGGUGCCCUACUUUAUUCUCCUCAUCCUCAUCGGCAUACCCCUGUUCUUCCUGGAGCUGGCAGUCGGUCAGAGGAUCAGGCGUGGCAGCAUCGGGGUCUGGAACUACGUCUACCCUCAGCUGGGAGGCAUCGGGGUCUCCAGUCUGAUGGUUUGUGGUUUCGUGGGCCUCUACUAUAAUGUGAUUAUCGGCUGGAGCAUCUUCUAUUUCUUCCAGUCUUUCCAGUAUCCACUGCCUUGGGCUGAAUGCCCCAUCCAGAGAAAUGGAAGCCAAGCAAUUGUGGUGCCAGAGUGUGAUAAAAGCUCGGCUACCACAUACUUCUGGUACCGCCAGACUCUCAACAUCACCAGCUCUAUCGAUGACACUGGCGGCCUGAACUGGAAGAUGGUCCUGUCCCUGCUGGUGGCCUGGAUCCUGGUCUGCCUGGCUGUCAUCAAGGGCAUCCAGUCAUCUGGGAAGGUGAUGUACUUCAGCUCUCUCUUCCCCUAUGUGGUGCUUUUCUGUUUCUUGGUGCGAGGUUUGAUGUUGAAGGGAGCAGUGGACGGCAUCGCUCACAUGUUCACCCCUAAGUUGGAAAAGAUGUUGGAGCCACAGGUGUGGAGAGAAGCAGCCACACAGGUGUUCUUUGCUCUCGGUCUGGGCUUCGGAGGAGUUAUUGCUUUCUCCAGCUACAACAAACGAGACAACAACUGCCACUUUGACGCAGCCUUGGUGUCUGUCAUCAACUUCGUGACCUCCAUCCUCGCAACAUUAGUUGUAUUUGCCGUCCUUGGCUUCAAGGCGAACAUCAUGAAUGAGAAGUGUGUUGUCGAUAAUGCAGAGAAGAUUAUUGGCUUCCUAAACACAGGUGUGCUGAGCAAAGAGCUCAUACCCCCUCACAUCAACUUCUCCCACCUGUCCACCCAGGACUACGCGGAGAUGUACGGCGUCAUUAAGACAGUGAAGGAGGACAUCUUCGAUCAGCUGGGCCUGGACGCCUGCGUGCUUGAGGACGAGCUCAACAAGGCGGUUCAGGGCACUGGUCUGGCAUUCAUCGCCUUCACAGAAGCCAUGACACAUUUCCCUGCCAGCCCCUUCUGGUCUGUCAUGUUCUUCUUCAUGCUGAUCAACUUGGGUCUGGGCAGCAUGAUUGGCACCAUGACCGGUAUCACCACACCCAUACUCGAUGCUUUCAAAAUCCGCAAAGAGAUCCUGUGUGUGGCUUGCUGUGUCAUAGCCUUCCUGUUAGGCCUGCUGUUUGUGCAGCGCUCUGGGAACUAUUUCGUCACCAUGUUUGACGACUACUCCGCUGGUUUGCCUCUCACUGUGGUCGUGAUCCUGGAGAACAUCUCUGUAGCUUGGAUCUACGGCACUAAGAGGUUCAUGCAGGACCUGGAGGACAUGCUUGGUUUCAGGCCGUACUCUUUCUAUUAUUACAUGUGGAGGUACGUGUCUCCAGCCAUCCUGGUGGUUCUCAUCAUCGCCACUGUCAUUGAGAUGGCCAUCAGUCCUGCAGGAUACAAUGCCUGGGUAGAGGCUGAGGGAGCAGAACGAUUCCACAGUUACCCUCCCUGGGCUUUAGCCAUGGCUUACUCCCUCAUAGUGGUGGCCAUGCUGCCUUUACCCAUCGUCUUCAUCCUCCGCCAUUUCAACCUGAUCUCGGACGGAUCCAACAAACUGUCCGUCUCCUACCGUAAAGGCAUGAUGAAGGACAUCUCUAACCUGGAAGAGCAGGACGAGCAGCGCUUCAUCCUCAGCAAGAACCCCAGUGAGGCUCCUUCCCCGAUGCCCGUUCAACGCCCUUACUUAGGCCCCGGCGGCACCCAGGAGAUGACCAACACCAACUACGGCACCAGCACCAAGACAGGCUACCAAAACAUUGGCUCGCCAGAGUCUGAGCUAUGAUCCACUGAGCUCAAACAACCUCCCAUCCAUUAAAGCCCCAGCCCUGCAUGGAGAGAGGGAGACAGAGGAAAAAAGGGAGCCACCAAAAUUCAAGUCAAGAGGGAGAGAAAAUACACUGCCGGUUGUUGCAGCGUUCAUAUCACCUUAACCUCCAGAGCCCCUAUCCCCUACUUUCUGCCCUCAUACUCCCUGCCUGUAAUUAUUUCCCGCAAUAGGAGCUGUAGUGCCCUCAAUCCCAGCUGUGAUGAAGGGAUCAUGGGAAUGUGAGUCUGACCAGAUAUGACCACCUUUUUCAUCUUUCAACGAAUUACAGGCGCAGAGAGAGAGGGAGGGAUGGAUGGAGUUUAGAAAAGAUACCGCAGGCUUAGAUACAGGCGUUGUUUGUUAAUGAGCUCUGACUGAGGUUAAGGUGUGUGUGUGCGGCACUAAAAUGCUUUACGUUGUACUCAUCAGUUUGUCAACAAGUUUAGGAGAAGGAUAUUUUUGAGACCGCAGGAUGCUCCUGGAUCUAGGAGAUCCUCACAUUGUUGAUGUUCAGUUAUUGAAGAUUGUUAUUUGUGGGGUUAGGAUAGAAGGAGACUCAGAAAAAAAACAACAUAUAUUUUCAUGAUCUGUAUCACCGUAUGAGAACCUUUCUCAUCCUGUACACAAAAUGAUUACAAAUACAUUCAAAACACCAUGUAAUAAGUGAUUCUGAUAGUGUAAACAGUGUGACAAACACAUUGCAUCUUUAUUGUGCCUAUCAUGCAUCAGCAAUAAUAACCAGUCUAAGUAGGGUAAACUGUGGAUCUCCUUCUAUCCCUCCUUUCCCCACUGAUGUAGAAUACUGUAUAUACUUGUUGUGUCGUCUGAGAUGUCACCGUAAAUCGUGUAUAUAGUCUACACAGUAGUAGUUGCGAAACGAGGGGAAACCUUUCGCCUCUUCAUUAUACUCCUAUGAUCCCCAAAGCACAGAAACACACUCUCAUUGUUUGCAUCUCUGAGCCUUAAAACAGAGCAGCGCUUUUCUUUUAAACAACCUGUGUUUUCAAACAGCAUUGCACAUGUAUGUGCUGUUCCAGUCAUGGCCAGUCUAGACAAAUCUUUUCCAUUUCAGUCAAUCACUUCAAUCCAUUUUUUCCAUUUUUAUCAAUGCCUUGGAAGGGCAGAGGUGAUUGCACCAGCAAAGAUAAGCAGAGCAGCCUCAAGCACACCUGUCUGCAUGUUGAGAGGCAUACUGUACUGAGAAUAAUUAGAGGAUGUGAGUAUUCACUCUGUGUACAUGCAGAUGUACGUGUUCAAGUGUGUGUGCGUCAGUCUGCCACUGAAUGAGAGCUCCCAGUGACCCGGCCUCUUUAAAAAUAGAGCUGCGUUACCCAGGGGAAGCCGUGGCAACGCACCAUAGUUACAGAUCCUCUUCUGAUGUGCAGGAGGAGAAGAGGAGAGCAGACACCUUGCUUUGUCUGCUCCACCUGCUCGGCUGCUUGUUCAGCAAUACACAGAUGAGAUAGUUUACUGUUGAGGUCCUACAAGAAUAUAAAGCGUCAAUGAUGUUACAGUUUAUAGAAUAAGAGGUUCACUGCCAUGCCACGCUGUGGAGACAUCACAUGUCAACCCGAAGAAGAGAUUCCUGGGUUUAAUUGUUGUACAUUCCUCAAAUUGUAACCACUACAGUCAUCAUUUCAUACGCACUACAAUUUACACUUUGAUGUCUUUUUGUGAACUGAGCUGUGGAAACUUAAAGCCUUUUUUUAUGUGAAUAUGUACGUUUUGGGGUUUAAUGUGGAAUUUGUGCAGUGAUAUAAAUGUUUGGAUUAAGUGGUAAUACAAGGAUGUCACCACUGGGUGUCUCUGCUGGCCAAUGGAGGAGUCAAUGACUCUCCGUCUAGUGGCCUCUCCCUGACAACACCAAUACAGAGACUGAACAGAUGUAGUGUGAUGCACAGUCAGUCACAUUGUUUGGUGCCUGAACAGCCUCUCUGUUGUCUGUUCGCCUUAUGCUUUUGUCGGUUGCUUUUUUUUCUUGAUAAUGUAGUGUGUUGAGUUUGGACCAAUGUCUUGUCUCAUUCACUUGAGCACUUUAAUUAGGUAGAGACUCUGGAGUUGUCUGUUUACAACAGGUUUGGCAAAGGUUUUGCCAUCACAAUAAUGCUGUCACAGAAGAUGUUUUAAUUAGCAAUAUUCAUUUAGAGAGAGAUAGAAGGCUGAAUAUCCACGAAAGGCACAAAUGUGUUGCAAUCCACUUUGUCAAAGACAUUUUUUUUCCUUUGUGUUUGUACGACGAUCUUUGAGAAUUUUGACAAGUUACAUUGUUUUUAUGUAUUAUGUUAGGACAGUGUUGAAGGUUAUGUUUGCCUGGUGUGAAUUUUGCCCUGUUAUCAAACCAGUUCUGAUUGAUGCUUCCAUGCCUUUGCUAGGUCCUCCUAUUUUCCCUAAUGCACGUUUUGACCAAUGCCUAAGCUGUCCUCUAGAUAUGUGGUCAUGCGAACUCUUACAUGGCUCUUACAUCUGCUCAGGUUUUUAGGCAACUUAAUUGUGCCUACUGUAGCUUUUUGUAUACUAAAGUUAUGAAUAGUUUAAUUCUAUCUUCCCUGUAACGGACAUUUAAACACACUUUUAAAGUCUAAAGAUGCCCGAUUAUCCCCCUUUGGUUUCGCAAAUUUAACUACUACCGCAAUAACAUGUUGAAAAUAACAAAUGGUACAACAAGUGAUGGCACUCACCUGCAGCUUUGGAUUACAGUUAAAGCACAUUUAUUAAAGCACAGGAAAGUGAGCACAAAUGAGUUUCAUGGCUCUGUGAGCAAGAGCCAGUCAAUGACUUAACGAAAGCGUCAGUGUGGGUGAAGUUGAGGAUGAAAUUUGUUGAUUAUGUUAGUUACGGUCUGAAUCAUGUAUCCUCAAAAGGUUCACUGGAGGAUAAGUCUGCAGAUUUAUAUUCACCACAAUCUUGACAAGAAGCUACACUGCACCACAAGUCUGUUCUUUAGGUUGAUCUGCACAAAGAAUACAUGAGAAAAAGUCUGAUGUGACAAACCUGAGCUUAUACUGGCAUGGAGAAGAGAGAACAAUCGAAACACAAGACAUGAUGCACAAUUUGUCACAUUUAGCCAAGAUCUUCCACUUCUCCACUCCAGGCACAGCAGGUCUUUGCCUCCUAAACGCUUUAAAACACUCUGCACAGUGGAGCCAAAUCCCUUCUCAUAUUGGUUAAAAUGCUCAGUAAUAAGAUACUGGCCUUUGGUAUUGAUAUUUGAAAUCAAAGACUCCAACUCCAGGGUCUCUUUGUCUUGUCCAUGUGUCGGCUGUGUUGCAUUAUGUACUAUAAAGCAACUUUUAACUGUUAACUCAGUUGAAUAAUUGUGAUUAACUCAACAAAAAUAAAGUAAUAGUGUAUUUAUUUAACUGUGCAUAUAGUCUUUAUGUGACAAAACCCAUAGUUAUAUUUAUAGUAUUUAAGAAAAUGUAUUUAAACUGUACAUAUUGAUGUACAUUCUGAAUAUCUAUAGUUAGAGUGACAGGGUGUUUACUUGAGCUGUAAAUAAUAACUGUAUAUUUUGAGAUAUUUUUUGAUUUUUGUACUGUAGGUAAUGUUACUUUGCUGUCUGUUAGUAUUUGGCGUUAGUGUAUGGUUGUUCUUAAUCAAAAUAGCUGAGGGACUGGGAUUGUGUGUGUGUGUGUGUGUGUGUGUGUGUGUGUGUGUGUGUGUGUGUGUGUGUGUGUGUGUGUGUGUGUGUGUGUGGGUGUGUAUAUGUAUACGUGGGUGUAUGUUUGUGUAAAGUAGGUUUUUGGUGUUUAGGUGUGUGCUUUUUUUCUCCUCUCUCAGUGUUGUGUGCUGCUGAUCUAAUCCAGUAGAUAAAAUCCUGUUGUUACAGUGAACUGGGACCACUAAUGUAAGCAAUCUCUCCUCUGUGUUUCUCACUGGAAAGGCAGCGGCUGCCAGCACAAAACUGAAGGAAAUGUUUGACAAUUAGACAGAAACUGAUCUGUUUUGGGUGAUGAGAUUGAUGAACUGUAAAAACAUGUUGGAGUCAAAAGGAAAAUUAAAAUUACCACUUUUAUUAAA